GGAGGCUUCUGGAAAAGGCGCCGCGCGCUGGGCGGGCCCGCCUCUAUAUAAGGGAGGCGCGGGGGCGGCGCGCCAGUUGCUUCUGCGUCCUGGUGCUGCUGCUUUGCGGAGUGUGUGCAGGCUUUUCGCCAAGAUGCCUGAGGAGACCCAGACCCAAGACCAGCCCAUGGAGGAGGAGGAGGUGGAGACGUUUGCCUUCCAGGCCGAAAUUGCCCAGUUGAUGUCCUUGAUCAUCAAUACUUUCUAUUCGAACAAAGAGAUUUUUCUGAGGGAGCUGAUUUCAAAUUCAUCAGAUGCGUUGGACAAGAUCAGAUACGAAAGCUUGACAGAUCCCAGUAAGCUAGACUCUGGGAAGGAGCUGCAUAUUAAUCUCAUUCCAAACAAGCAAGAUCGAACCCUCACGAUUGUAGACACUGGAAUUGGGAUGACCAAGGCCGACUUGAUCAAUAAUCUCGGUACCAUCGCCAAGUCGGGGACCAAAGCGUUCAUGGAAGCUUUGCAGGCUGGUGCAGACAUCUCCAUGAUUGGCCAGUUUGGUGUGGGGUUUUACUCUGCGUAUUUGGUUGCUGAGAAAGUGACUGUGAUCACCAAACAUAAUGACGAUGAGCAGUAUGCAUGGGAGUCUUCCGCAGGAGGGUCCUUCACAGUUAGGACGGACACAGGAGAACCUAUGGGUCGUGGAACAAAGGUGAUCUUGCAUCUGAAAGAAGACCAAACGGAGUACUUGGAGGAAAGGAGGAUGAAGGAGAUUGUGAAGAAGCACUCUCAGUUUAUCGGCUACCCCAUCACCCUCUUCGUGGAGAAAGAACGAGAUAAAGAAGUGAGUGAUGAUGAGGCCGAAGAAAAGGAAGAGAAAGAGGAGGAAAAAGAAAAAGAAGAAAAGGAGUCUGAUGAGAAGCCUGAAAUCGAAGAUGUUGGUUCUGAUGAAGAGGAGGAAGAAAAGAAGGAUGGUGACAAGAAGAAGAGAAAGAAGAUCAAGGAAAAGUACAUUGACCAAGAGGUGCUCAACAAAACGAAGCCCAUUUGGACCAGAAAUCCUGACGAUAUUACUAAUGAAGAAUACGGCGAAUUCUAUAAGAGCUUGACCAAUGACUGGGAAGACCACCUGGCCGUGAAGCAUUUCUCAGUGGAAGGACAGCUAGAAUUCAGAGCCCUUCUCUUUGUGCCAAGACGUGCUCCCUUUGAUCUGUUUGAAAACAGAAAGAAGAAGAACAACAUUAAGUUGUACGUACGCAGAGUUUUCAUCAUGGAUAAUUGUGAAGAGCUAAUUCCUGAAUACCUGAAUUUUAUUAGAGGUGUGGUGGACUCUGAGGAUCUUCCUCUAAAUAUUUCCCGUGAGAUGUUGCAACAAAGCAAAAUCUUGAAAGUUAUCAGGAAGAACUUGGUCAAAAAGUGCUUAGAACUCUUCACUGAACUGGCAGAAGAUAAAGAAAACUACAAGAAGUUUUAUGAGCAGUUCUCUAAAAACAUUAAGCUUGGAAUACAUGAAGAUUCUCAAAAUCGGAAGAAGCUUUCAGAGCUGUUAAGGUAUUACACAUCUGCUUCGGGUGAUGAGAUGGUGUCUCUCAAGGACUAUUGUACCAGAAUGAAGGAAAACCAGAAACACAUCUAUUACAUCACUGGUGAAACCAAGGACCAAGUUGCUAACUCGGCCUUUGUGGAACGUCUCCGGAAGCAUGGCUUAGAAGUGAUCUAUAUGAUCGAGCCCAUCGAUGAGUACUGUGUCCAACAGCUGAAGGAGUUUGAGGGGAAGACUUUAGUGUCAGUCACCAAAGAGGGCUUGGAACUUCCAGAAGAUGAAGAAGAGAAAAAGAAACAAGAAGAGAAAAAAACAAAGUUUGAGAAUCUCUGCAAGAUCAUGAAAGACAUUUUGGAGAAAAAAGUUGAAAAGGUGGUGGUGUCAAACCGGUUGGUCACGUCCCCGUGCUGCAUCGUCACAAGCACAUACGGCUGGACGGCGAACAUGGAAAGAAUCAUGAAGGCUCAAGCCCUGAGAGACAACUCGACCAUGGGCUACAUGGCAGCAAAGAAACAUCUGGAGAUCAACCCCGACCAUUCCAUCAUUGAGACCUUACGGCAAAAGGCCGAGGCCGACAAGAAUGAUAAGUCUGUGAAGGAUCUGGUCAUCUUACUCUAUGAAACCGCACUCCUGUCUUCUGGCUUCAGUCUAGAAGAUCCCCAGACACAUGCUAACAGGAUCUACAGGAUGAUCAAACUUGGUCUGGGUAUUGAUGAAGAUGACCCUACUGCUGACGAUAGCAGUGCUGCUGUCACUGAAGAAAUGCCACCUCUGGAAGGGGAUGAUGACACGUCCCGCAUGGAAGAGGUCGACUAAGCUCUGCCUGUACAUGUGCUCAGUGCUUUAUCUUCAUUCCCUCUGUUAAUAUAUUUUCAAGGAUUUUUUUUUUCUUGAUUUUUGUUAACAUUUUAAAAAGCUGUGUGGCAUGACAAUAAGGGGAAGAUAAGAUUUCUUUCUACUUCUAAGUGUGAUGCUGUGAUACUUUAGGCACUAAAGCAGAGCUAGUAAUGUUUUUCUGGUUUCACGUUGGCUUAACAACUUGAGGUGACAUUGUAAGGCGUACGUAACCUAAUGUUAACUCAGUGGUCUAAAGUGUUUAGCUGUUAAACAGAUUCCUGGUAAGCCAAAUUUUUGUCACUGAAGUGUUGAGAUACACUUUGAUGUUUAAAAGAAAAAUCUUUGUUAAAAGUUUGAGUUUCACUUUCUAGGAUGUUCUUUUCAAGCCUCCAUCCCCCGUAGUUAAAUUCUGCAUGUACUAGGCCUCUAGAAGUUAGUACGCGACACUAAAGCAACUCAGUGGGACCUCAGUAUCCAUAGAGCUUGUUUCCAAAGAAGGAUGUAUUGAUUCAGAGUAGCAAAAUUCUGCGCCAGCUAGGCUGUUGUAAAGUAACCCUGCUGAGCUUGUGAGGGAAAGUGUAGUGCCCAGAUUACCUGCUGAGUCAAAAGGUUGUAACAAAUAAAGUUAAAUUACAAAGAAA